UCGAUGUUAAACAUCUGUUUGUGAGUGCGACACCCUGGAACAGCUUUCACAUCAUUUGCAACAAAAUAAAAUAGAGAAAAUUAAAUAUAUCCAGACAUACCGACUACGAUCCGAUCCAAGAUGAGUUUCCUAAAUUACGUGUUUGGCCCCAACCUCUACAUGGAGUACCGCGGUGUGCCGGAGCCGCAGCGCAAGAUGUACGAGGCAGGUGCCGUGGAAAAGUUCGGGGAGCAGAUUCUAUCGACGCUAUCGGUUAUGUGGUCCGUGGGCUAUUACACUUCGCCGCUGCUCGUCACAUUCCUCUACCGACGAGGUUACCUGGUAACCGAUUCCAUGCCAACGCUGGCCAAGAUCACCACCAGCGUGGGCAUCAUCGUCAUUCUAUCGCUGGUGAUGCGCGGCCUGGGGCGCAAGCAGUCACGCUCCUACUCCAACAUGAUUAAGGCCCUCGUCCGGGCAAAGGCUGCCAAGGCACCGGGAGAUGCCAACAGCGAGCUGCGUCGCUUCGACAUCGAGUUCAACGCCUGGCCGGUGGACUUUGAUGUGAAGGCUCUAACCGGUGACACCAAAAAGCCGGCGGUCACGGCCAAAAGGAGGGAGCCCAUCCAGCUGGCGACACUGCCCUGUGAGGCCAUCGCCUACCUGGCCAUAAACACCUUUGGGCUCUCCAUGAUCUAUCCGGGUUCGGUCAAGCUGCUCCAGAAACUCAUGAGACCCAUGCUGAUCUCAGGACGCGCCAAGCUCAUCGAGGAUGACAACGGCAUCCGCUACAAGGUUAAGACCAUUGACUCGAACGAAAUCGAUACGUUGUUCAUUGACAAUCGCCCAAACAACGUGGGAAAUGGCAAGACUCUAGUCAUUUGCUCCGAGGGCAACGCCGGCUUCUAUGAAGUGGGCAUCAUGGCCACCCCAGUGGCCUUAAAGUAUUCCGUUCUGGGCUGGAAUCAUCCCGGAUUCGCCGGCAGCACAGGCACUCCUCAUCCGCACCAGGACAAGAACGCCAUCGAUGCCGUGGUGCAGUUUGCCAUCAAUAAUCUUGGGUUCGCCGUAGAGGAUAUCAUUUUGUAUGGCUGGAGCAUUGGUGGCUUCAGUACACUGUACGCUGCCUCUGUGUAUCCGGAAGUCAAGGGAGUGGUGCUUGACGCCACCUUCGACGAUGUGCUCUACUUGGCCGUUCCUCGCAUGCCAGCUGCACUGGCGGGCAUUGUCAAGGUAGCCAUUCGUAACUACUGUAAUUUGAACAAUGCCGAACUGGCAAACGAGUUCAAUGGACCCAUAUCCUUCAUUCGCCGCACUGAGGAUGAGAUCAUUGCAGAGGACAACCACAUUGACACAAAUCGCGGCAAUUUCUUGGUCUUGUCAGUGCUCAAGCACCGGUAUCCCAACAUUUUUGGGGCUUCCCAGUUGAACAAGGCCAAGGGGCUGCUGUCCAAGCCCCUGGAACCAUACAGUAUCCCCGUCGCCGACGAGAAGCUGUGCAUGUCGCGCCUGAUCACCUACGCCUCCGACGAGGGCAAGUCUUUCCCCAUGAACAUUGGAGCAGAUUACUCGGAGGAGGUGCGCAAUCUCAUGGCUGUGUUCUUGCUGCGCAAGCAUUUACGUGACUACAACUCGACGCACUGCACCCAGCUGCCCGGGGAGUUCUUUACCAUGCCGUGGGACAUACCCACUGAGCAGGGAUUUGUGUUCACCUAAGCUCAUUCCGCAGGUGACCCACGGCCGUAUGCUUAGAUUUAGUGAAAUGGUUUUUAGUAAUUUUUGCCUUCUGACUGCUUAUUAAAUUAUUCUAACUGGGAACAGCCGGGUAGCUGGUGUCUGAACUGGUGUGAAAUUAUAUACAAAAUAAAUGUCACAAGCUAAACUAGA